CACAUAAUAUUAACAUUCUAGAAAUUUAAAAUUUAUUCUCCGUUUUUCGUAACGGUUUUCCGAUGAUUGGGGGAAAACAAGUAUCGUGCUCUUGAAGAAUUAUCAUCUGACACUAUGAUACAUAAUUCCGCACAUGGCACGCGAUUUAUCACUCAGAGUUCAAAGUUUAUCCUGUUUUAUACCAAUACACCGUUUAAAUAAGAUAGAUGAGUACCGUACAACCUUUUGAAAAAAAAAGAAAGAAAAAAACCAACGUAAUGUUCGAUAAUCGCGUUUCGUCCCUAUAGGUAAAGCUCCCCCUUGUAUUAUUUAUAUGUUUUGCGUGGACGAUAAAAACAUUUGAAAAGAUAAACUAGAAUAGAAAAAUAGAGAAAAUAUCAUACAACUGGAUGCUAUCGAUCCAAGACCUUCCUAGUACCUGACCUUUGUCAGGUAAUAAGGUAUUCGUACGAUGAGUUUCGGCAUUAUGGGGUCUAUAUAAUAAUAAAUUUAAGGAUAUUUUUGUGGGAGGUUAUUUAUAAAAGGAGCCUUGAGGUUUAGUACUUUUCAAACUUUUUAUUUUUUAUUUUUUAUUUUUCUUUUGCACCAUCACCUUUAAGAACUCAUAAAUAUCUCUCAUACUUGAUUACACGGCCGUUAAGGUUCAAAGUAAAAUGCAACGAGCAAGCGCACUGGUCCACUUAUAAAUGACCACAGUUAGUUUGAGGAGGGAGCAACGAGAAUCCAUUUAAAGUACGUAACAAAAAAGAGUGUUCCCCGGAGAAACAGACAAAACAACGUUGGCAACGUGACGUCAUUGGGGAGGACAAAAUUGGAGAAGGAGGUCAGAUGGUUUAAAAUGGGCAGAGUGCCAAGUUUUCGGCUAAAGUUUAUUUUUACGCUGUCAUUUUUAUGAUGUCGUUGGCAUUGGGGCGGUCAGGAACCGUAAGAAUGUCUGUCAGGAGAACAUGGCCAAAAGGCUUUACCUUAAUUGGACGUCAUUUGUUUUGCAAAUUUUGUAACCGGUGUCGAUUUUCCUUGUUUAUUUUAAUUAGUCGAAUCCGAGAAUAAUCGAUGAGGUUUCCUCUUUAAAAAUAAACUUCCGUGAUUAAAAUCGGAUUGAAAGACGAAUUAUUAAGAUUUAUGAAGUUAAAAGUGGAAAGAAUUCGGCUCUUAGGCAAAACUUUCAUCAAAUGGUAAUCUGGAUAUUGUUGAAUGGUUUCGCGUCUUCUUCAGUUAAUUAUAUGUUUAAAAAUGAAGUGCUGUCGAGUACUCCCCUAGUGGUGCUCGAAGGAACUAGGACUUCCUUCAUUGAUUCGAGAGACGUACCGCAGUGCUGACGGCAUUCUCUCUUCCUCUAUCCACGUGUCGUUUUCAUAUCAACCAAUUACGGGGAUCUCUCCGUAUAUUACUCGUAAACUAUAUCUGUCAAUGGAUCCGAAGUGUAAGUGUGUCAACCAUAUUUCUUCUCAUCAACUCAGAUCGAAAUGACUAGUGACCAGUCAUCCUUCCCACCUGUUAAGUGUGGCUCACUGGAAGCUGCACCUCCUUCUCCGAAACACCUAUCCAGAUCGGGUCUUUUGUCAUGCCGGUCCAGAUUGUCGCGAAUGCACGCGAUAUCAUCCACCGAUGGUAUGGAAGGAGGGUCCAGAACUCAGGAAGCUACCAUCUACGAAGAAGUUCUGCCCGUGAUAAUGAGGAGGAGGGGAUGCAUGAUGAGAGUAAGGAUCGUUAGUGUCGAUGGUGGUUCACCAACUCUCGGACCCGAACAUGGAUUCUCUUCAUUACCUCAGACACCAAUUUUUCCUCAGGUAAGAACUCAAGAAAUGUUUGUCUCUUUAAUUCGAACAAUCGUUGAUUCUGAUAAUAGUAGCAAUAACGUCAUGGGGGGAGACCAACAUCCUCUUUCGCCUCGUCGCUCUGAACAUGACGAUCUUCCUCUUCUUUUCCCACGUAAACCAAGAAGUAUAUCGCGUCAGACGAGCGAAGACGUUCGUUGGAGGAGAGAAAGCUUUGCUGCAUUUUCCUAUGCUGGAGGAACAGCCAGUCAAGGUUCAGCUGAAUCUUCAAAUCUUGUAAGAAUUAGGAACUCUUUAAUGGGCCAAUCGGCACCAUCUUUAUCUGCCAGUAUGAAAGAACUCAGCAUGUCUCGGAGAGGAAGUCGGUGUACAACAAGAAAAAGUUUAAUCUGUAAUACCUCACCUACUUUACCUCGUUGUCAUUCACCUAUAUCACAAGGAAGCCCACUAGAUAGUCCUCGGAAUAUGUCACCAAGUCAGCAUUUUGCUUUCGUAUCAGCAAAAAGGGGUGAUGGCCGAAGAUGGUCAGUGGCCUCUCUUCCUUCCUCGGGAUAUGGGACUAACACUCCUGGCAGCUCAAAUGUCUCGCCCACUCUGUCCAUCUCUCCCAAGUCUCAGUGUUCAUCACAGGAAAAGUUACAUCCUCUUCCAAAUCAAUCAACUCCAACACCUGAUGAAAACAACCAAGCUUCACAUUUCAGCAGUAACGAAAGCAAUCUUGGAUUUGAAGAUGAUGGGCAGAGAUCUCCUUUGAUACGUCCUCGAUCUCGAAGUCUUAGUCCCUUGAGAUCUCCAGGAAUGGAUAGUGAUGUAAUUAUGAUGAAUAACAUUUAUAAAGAACGAUUUCCCAAGGCCACACAACAAAUGGAAGAAAGAUUAGAAAAAUUUAUUGUAGACAAUAGAGAGCUGGACUCUUCUUUGCUAUCUGAUGCAGUUGCACGAUUUGCUCAUCAUCAAGUUGUCGAGAUGGCAAGAGACUGUAUUCAACAAUCUCAUAAGCAGUUAAUAACAUCACAUUAUUUCUAUGAAAUGUCAGAAAACUUAGAAAAAUUAUUAACAGAGUGUCAAGAAAAAUCACCUUCUGCAGCUCAAUAUUUGAAGAAGUUAAUAAAGAAAUUGUUAGUAAUUAUUUCCCGUCCUGCUCGUCUAUUAGAAUGUUUAGAAUUUGAUCCUGAAGAAUUUUACAGAUUACUUGAAGCUGCAGAAGGACAAGCCAAAGUUUUGCAAGGGAUAAAUACUGACAUUCCACAGUAUAUAAUAAAUAAAUUAGGACUCAAUCGUGAUCCUUUAGAUGAAUUGGGUGUGGAAGUAAUUGGAGAACUAGAUUUUCCAACUUUAUUAGAAAAUGAAACUAUCAAAAGACCAAUAUCAAAAAUCAAACAACCUAGUGAAAAUGAUUUUGAAACAAUCAAAUUAAUAAGUAAUGGUGCAUAUGGUGCUGUACAUUUAGUAAGACAUAAAGAAAGUCGACAGAGAUUUGCCAUGAAAAAAAUAAGUAAACAGAAUCUUGCGUUAAGAAAUCAAGUAGAACAAGCUUAUGCAGAACGUGAUAUUAUGAGUUUUACAGAUAAUCCAUUUGUUGUGAGCAUGUUCUGCAGUUUUGAAACAAAGAAACAUUUAUGUAUGGUCAUGGAAUAUGUAGAAGGUGGAGAUUGUGCUACAUUAUUGAAAAAUAUGGGUCCUCUACCAUUAGAUCUUGCUAGAUUUUAUUUUGCAGAAACUGUGUUAGCAGUUGAAUAUUUACAUAGCUAUGGAAUAGUUCAUCGUGAUUUGAAACCUGAUAAUUUGCUGAUUACUUCUAUGGGACAUAUCAAAUUAACUGAUUUUGGACUUUCAAAAGUUGGAUUAAUGAAUUUGGCAACUAAUCUCUAUGAGGGUUAUCUUGAUAGAGAAACUAAACAGUUCAAUGACAAGCAAGUAUAUGGCACUCCAGAAUAUAUUGCUCCAGAAGUUAUACUUCGUCAGGGCUAUGGGAAACCUGUUGAUUGGUGGUCCAUGGGAAUCAUCUUAUAUGAAUUUCUUAUUGGAUGUGUUCCUUUUUUUGGAGAAACUCCUGAAGAAUUGUUUGCUCAUGUUAUAAAUGAUGAAAUAGAAUGGCCAGAUGAAGAUGAUUGGCAAAUGACAGAUGAUGCAAAAGACCUUAUUACUCAAUUACUACAUCAAAAUCCAAUUGAGAGAUUAGGUACAGGUGGAUCACAUGAAGUAAAAGAACAUGCUUUCUUUUCUGAACUAGAUUGGAAUUCUUUAUUAAGGCAAAAGGCUGAAUUUGUCCCUCAGCUAGAACAUGAAGAAGAUACAAGUUAUUUUGACACUCGAGCUGACAGAUAUAAUCAUGAAAUUGAAGAUUCAGAAGAAUUAGAAGAUGGUGAUGAAAAUGUAUUCAGUAGUUUCUCAUCCUGUUCGCCUCGGUAUAGAAAAGUAUAUUCAAGAGUAGAAAAAGAAUUAGAAGAGGAACAGUUGUUAAAACAACAAGGCAAAGAUGAAAAUCAACGCAGAGUGAUGACAAGAGCAGAUUCUUAUCAUUCUGAUCAUUCAGACAGUCCAUUAUCUCGAAUGGGAAGCUUAUCAGAAACACCUGAAAAUGGUCAUGUUAAAGAUGCCUCUAGUUCACCUGAUAUGAAUUCUAGACAAACACUUCAUAGUACUCCUGAAUCUUCACAAACAGAAUCAGAUGAGGUUUCACCCCAGAUUCAAAGAAGAUGGCAUCCAAAUGUUAAAGAUAUUGUGCCAAGGUUUUCAAUAAGCUUAGAUGAGGAUAAACAAACAUUGAUUAAUUCCUCAUUAGAAUUUAAAGAACUUUCUCCUGUUGAUGAGAGUGAUAUUAAACAAAGUAAAUCUUCGAGGCGAUGGCAUCCUGAAAUGGUUUCACCUGUGGCUACUUCAGCAAGAAUUUCUAUUCCUCCAGCAUCACCAGGAUCAAAGAUAUCCAGAUCAGUUAUUAAAUCUGCAUCAGCAUCAGGCUUAUCUCUGAUCAUUCCAACAGAAGAUUUAAUACCUCAGCCAAUUGGUUCACCUGGAGGUUCUAGCACUAGUUCCAGAGAUACAUCUCCAAGUCGAGAAUUAAGUCCACUAAUUGCUCAAUUGAAACCACCUAUCAUUAUCAGGCGAGGAGCUAGAGGAUUUGGCUUUACUGUCAGAGGUAUUCGUGUUUAUUAUGGAGAUUCUGAUGUAUAUACUGUCCAUCAUUUAGUCAUGGCUGUUGAAACCAAAAGUCCAGCAUUUGAAGCUGGAUUAAGGCCUGGUGAUUUAAUUACUCACAUCAAUGGAGAACCAGUCCAGGGCUUAAUGCAUCCACAGGUUCUUCAUCUAAUACUUACUAGUGGUGAUCGAAUCAAUAUUCGAACAACUCCUCUUGAAAGUACAACUAUUAAAACUGGUGGUAGACGACGUAAUCCAUCCUCCAUUAAAAUGGCAAGAAGAUCAAUACCUUGCCGUCGUCGACCUGGACAAGGUAAAAGGGAAUCACAGUCAGAUAAGAAACGGCGUGCUUCUCUUUUAAGACGACUUAGUAAUAAGCGUGCUAGUGUAGAAAUUCAGCAAAUGGUGUCUGGUUCUCCACCUGUGUUGACACCAAGUAGAAGCUUUCAGUCAUUAAAUCGAAAUUUAGUCACAACUAUGGAUGUUCCUGGAUCACCAACUAGAACAAAGAGCCCACGUUCUCCUCCAACAAACCGUAUGUGUUCUCCAUCAGAUUCUCCUCAUUCAACAGGAAAUUCUUCACAGAGUAGUUCACCAAGUUCAAGUGUACCUAAUUCUCCAGCCAAUUCUACUCAUUUACCUCACUUUCCACGUCCAAGUUCUUUGCAUGGUUUGAAACAUAAGCUUACACAGACAUUUCACUCUCCUAGACGCAAGUCAGUUGGUCAUAUCCCACUUUCUCCACUUGCUAGAACUCCAUCACCUUCUCCAGUAGCUUCAACAUCGCCAACCAGAUCACCAUCUCCACUUGCUUUUCCACUUGGACAUCAUCAUGCUGCUACUCAAAUUCCUAUUCAUAAGCCAUCACCUGCCUCGCCUUUAACAUCAGCCCUUUGUACUGCCAAGAAAUCAUUUAUGAGACCAAAAAGUGCUGAACCUGGAUCUCCAUUGUUGAGACGAGCAUUGUCUCCAGACAGACUGCACCCAAAAUCUGCCGAAGGUAAGGUAAAGAGAGAAUCAUUUUCUGGCCAAGCAUCGCCAUUAGCUUUAUCUUCAUCACCAUCAACACGUUCCUGUUCAUUAUCAUCGUCUCCUCCAACUAUUGCUUCUUCUAAAGCAUCUACAUUUACUGUGACUGUGUCUCAAAGUGGAGUGAGCAAAACAAGACCACAAUCACCACGAACUAAAUCCUCCAGUUUUUCUACUUCAGAUCAUCCUUGUAAGUCUUCCACAUCAUCAACAGAUGAUAGCAAAUCACCACCAUUAUCAACUAAAUCAUUAAGUUAUAAAAGUUCAGAAAAGUCAUCUAUGGACACUGAUAAUAGUUCAGAGAAUUCAGAUAGAGAAACAUAUAAAGCCAAAGAUAAAAAACCCGAAACAAAAGCAGACUCAUCAACACGGACAGGAAAGAAAAAUUUAAAAUCUCCAAAUCAAAAUUUGGUAGAAAAAUUCUCUCCAGAAAAGUCUGUUAUUGAAACUAAAGAAUUAAUAUCUGAAAAAGAUUCUUCACCAGUUCAAACUCAAGAAGAAAAUAGUAAGUUAACUUCAGACACUUCAAAAUUAGAAGCCACAUCAAAACUCGAUAAGAAAGAAGUAUCAAAUGGUUCACCAAAUGUUCAAAAUAACAGUAACGCAGUUACAAAAACUAAAGACGAUGUAAAUAAAGUACUGGUGUCUCCAACAAAAGGUGGUGAAGCAAGUAAUGAUAAGUCAAAAUUAUCUUGUUUAAAUUCUGAUACAAAAAGUCAGAAAACAAACAAAUAAUUUUAGUGUAAGUUGCCAAUUCGAUCAACAAACAAAAAAAGUCAAAAUAGCCAUUUUCAGUCAAUUAGCAAAGUACUUAUAAAUAGUAUUACUCAUUCAAAAUUAAUAUAAAAUCAAAUAAAAGCAAAAAAAAUUUUUUGGAGUUUUAAAUAUAACGAGAGAGAGAGAAAUUUAAAUUUUAUUUAAUAGACAUUUGAUCUAUAAAACAUGCCAAAGUAAUUACUUACAUUGUGCAAUCUAUUAUGUGAAGAUAAAUAUUCAAUAAUUAUUUUAAAGUAUGUUCAUAUUGUUGUUGUGCAAAUAUAUAUUAUAUAUAUAAAAGUGGAGAAACGUGGAAAUGAAUAAGACACAUUCAAAGUGAAUAUUAUGUAAAUAUGUAUUUAUUUUAAUGACUGAUUUUGCAUUGCCGUGUAUUGUAUGCAUGAGUGUGUGUGUAUGCAUAUUUCUAGAAAUUUUUGCCAAAUUAUUGUAUAUGCUUUCAGGUCUACUAUUAAGUAUUGCCAUUUGAGAAACUUCUUUUUUAAAAAAAAUCUUUACAUUUUUAAUCUUUAUUAGGGUCUUUGAAUUAGGCACUCGAUAUUCUGGAUAUCAGUAUUAAUGCCAAAGAUUAAAAAGUGGAUUAAAUUUUAUUUUAAAAAAGGAAAAAAAAUGACAGCUGAAGUUCAAUCUUAAGCGAUUGAAGCUAUCCAAAAGUAAAGGAAAGAAAACUGUAAAUAGAUAUUUAUUGAUCAUUUCUUAUAAUAUUUCCAGUCUUGUAUCAAUAUUGUAAAGUUAUUGCAUUGUAAUGUUAGUGAGCUUAAGAAGUUGACGUAACGUAUUAACAUAUUAAAACGUCUUUAACUUGCAAAAUUACCUUAUUUUGUUACCCAUUUCUGGACUGAUGAUAAAAUCAAUCCAGACCAUUGACGUUAUUAGACAUAUCGAAAUGAUUAUCUUGAUAUUUGUUUAAAUUGUUAUAUUUUAGCAUAUUAUGCUGUAGAAUUCUAUAUAUUUUUUACUACUAAACUAAAAGUAAGUGUAUUGAUUCCUUUGCACCCAUCUCAUAAUUUUUUAUGAGAUUUUUUUCAUAUCUUAUUUCAUGUCUUUCACAUUAACAGAGUGAGUUUCUUAGUAGUUGCUCAAUAUUCCAUAUUGCAUGUCAUAAACGAAACUAGUGUUAUAUAAAAAAAAAACUUGAGUACUUAUUGUGUGUAUGUGUGUUUGUGAGUAUAUGUAGUGUGAUAAGGUUGUAUUAAGAGUUGUGCACUAUAUUUCUUAUCAUGUACAUUUGUACAUAAAACAUGCACCAGGACUAAUUGUGCAUUUAUAGCAGAAUUGUAAAUUUGUUAAAUUUUGUGGUUAUUAUAUGUCAUAUUCAGUAUUGUCAUAUCAUUUGAAAAUGAAGCCUACUAAACAAUAGCAAUGCAUUAAGUAUGAUUUUCCUUUGAAAAGCUGAAAAAUCAAUUCAUUUUAAAACUAUUUUGUUAAGUAAAUUUUCAAGUGUAUGCAUUAGAAAUUUUUUGGUAAGGUUUGAUCGAUAGCAUUUUCAAUUGAUUCAUGACAGAAAAUCAGAAAGUACUGCUAGAUAGAUAAGGAAAUUAAUUUAGUUUAUCUGUUGUUAUUUUCUUGAUCCACUUAAAUCAAUUACUAAUUGAAUAAUGAUUUUCUUUAUAAAAUUUAAUAUUUUUUUUAGUUAACUUAUAAAUGACUAGUCAUACAUUCCUGUGAAAAUAUAUCCUCAAAAUUAAAUUUAUAUUUUAAAAAUCUCAUCACAAUCUUGCCACUAUUAAUAGAAAUUUAGAAAUAAUGUUAACUAUAAAUAAUGUGCUAAAAUUUUUAAUUGAAGGAUCUUUUAUUCUGAAUUAUUUUAUCUAUACUAUAUAAGAUACAAAACUUUAAAAGUAUUGACAAACUUUUUAAAAAUCAAUUUUUAAAUUUGAAAAAAAAAAAUUGAAAACUCUUUUGAUAAUUAUGAUGAAUGUAAAGUAUUUAAUUAAUUUGAGUAGUUAAUCCACAGUAAUGUAAUUUUUAUUUUUUCUCGAUCAAAAUGUAAAUAUUUUUAAUUAAGAAAACAAGCAUACAAACUUUUUUGUAUUAUUACAUAGAAAUCUUACUCCUAUUUUAUUUGUCUAAGGUGCUAAACAGCUAAAAGUGCCUACGAAUAUAUUUAAAAAUACGAAAAAUAUAUAUCAUUAGCAGCCAUGCUGCAUUAAAGUUUCCAAUUUCAUUGCCAUCAAAAAUAAAAAAAAAUAAAUAAAAAAAAAAGAGAGAAAUUAUCCACGAUAAUUAAGUGAUAUUUAUUUUUUAUUUGUAUAACAGGAUGAUUUGGUACUGAAUAUGGAAAUUAGUUUUCCACUGCCAAUUUAUUCUUUGAUCACAGAUCAGAUUGAAUUAAAUCCAUAUACCUCAAAAUGACUCUUAUCAUUUUGAUAUGUAUUGUUAACAAAAAACUUAAAAGCAUAUUCGUAUAUGUCUGUAAAAAAACAUAAAUAAAAAAACUGAGAAUGGUGUUUUGUGAGAUAUUGCUACAGGGUAAAGUUGUUAUGUUUGAAAACUUGUCAUAGUCCAUUUAGAGGAUGUAUAGAAAUAUGGCCAUGCAGAUGUAUAAGAGUAUGUCAAUAGCUUUAUUCUUUAUCAUUGGUAUCUGUAUACAUGAUUUGCUGUCGUUCUUGUACAGUCUUUUUCAUGAAUGUUUAAAGCAGUUGAGGCCUUGUUAUUGCUCAUUGGUGAUAAAAAUAAAAUGUGUAGAAGUGAA